AGAUGUCAUCGAUUUCCUCCUCCUCAUCAAAUGUCCGAAUGGAUCGCCGAUUCGAUUGGGUUGGACCGCCGGAUAAUUUAUCGAAAAUUCGCAAAAUUAUGCUCCGCCGCGUCGAUAAUGAGUCGGAACUCGAGCGGCAGUAUCGGCUGGCUCGGGAAGAGCUGAAUCAGUGGAAUUCGGAUUUUUGGGCCGAACACAAUCAACUGUUCGACCGGCAAAAGUCGGAUUUUGUCGAGCGAAAGCAGCAAGAGCUUGGAAGACUGGAACACGUGUCGGCGAACGAGCUCAGCGAGUUUUAUCGCGAUUUUUUGAAUGAUCGACACGUGGCGAUGAUGGCCUAUAAUAAAGAAUGGUACCGCCGAAACCUGCAACUGAUUUGGCCAGCACUCAAAGUCAACGUUGUCCGAUUUUUCCGAAUGGCGAGGCGUUAAUUUGUAGAUUUUUUGGGUAGUUUUAGUUGAUUUCGUUGCUUUUUCCCCGAUAAAAAUGGGUUUUUUCU